AUGUCUUUUUAUAGUCAAAACCCAUUAUAAUUGAAUAAGGUAUCUAAAUAUAUUAAAUUUGGUAAUAUUGACAAAGGGAAUAAUUUCAUUGAUAUUCCAUAUAAUUAAAUUUUAGAUUAGGAUUAAGAAAAUUCACUAAAUAAUGAAUGGCCAUAUGAAAUAAAGACAGAGGCAAAAAUGUCAAAGGGGCAGAUUCUAAUUCUGGAAUUCAGGUAUUAUUAAAUACAAUAACCUAGAUUAUCUUAAUAUUUUAGAAGAAAACUUAAGAAAUGA